ACCUGGUGGUGGGAGAACCCACUUUAAUGGGGAUACUUCUAACCAAACAUGCUUAGGAACAGGCUACAAAUCUCAAGUAAGGCUUACAACUCACAUUACAGUAAAAGAUUUGCAUGCAGGCUUCUUAGAUGUAAGCCCCACAGAACACAACGGUAUUUCCUUCUGCAUAAGCAUGCAUACAGGUAGGGGCCUGCCAAACCUGUUCUUUAUAAAUGUUCCAAGGCACCAUAUUUAAUAAUGAUUUGUAUUUUAGUUGAUUAAUUGACAUAUGAAUAAAACAAUAUCGUUUAGUUUAGAUUAUGCAUGCUGCUAUACCAUUAGAGGAUUUCUGUCUUACUGUAAGGUUAAAAGCAAGGUUUUUCAGAAAACUGCACGACCUGACACUCCCCACCCCAAUGUACCGUAUUAACUUCUUUUUUUAAAAAAUGCAUUGCCCAAUUAGUCAGAAGUUUUUUAGUAGAAGUUUUAAACUGAUUAAUCGACCUAAUCAGUCAACGAGAUGGAGCCUUAGAUUCAGUAAUUCAGCCCUUUGUAACUUCUCCAACAUCCCAAGGGUUACUGAAAGAGAUAAUCGUGCACCUUUUCCUUACACAUAGGGGAAGCACCGCCUCCGUUGCCCAAAGUAAAGAUGGUUCUUCCACCACGAAAAACGCAGGCUGGGCCCCUAACCAAAGAUGGCGGAUCCAGCAUCGGGGCGAGUGCGAACCGCACUGCACUUGAGGACGCUUGACCUCGAGUGCAGGAAACCACCAACGGUGCCCACCUCAAACAUGGCCGCCCCCGCUAUAAAGAGUGGAGGAGCUGCCCACAACCAAGAUGGCCGCGGCACUUCACCGGCGACUGGUUCUCGGAGGCGCCAAUCCCGACUCCAAGAUGGCGGAGCGCCGUCGGCGUGAGGUGAGGUUUGUCUGCGUCACGUGACAGGCAGGACGGGGGUGUGUGUAUCCCCGUCGUGUGUCCCGGCGGAAGAGUGAAGGGAGUCGGCUGAAAGGUCGCAGCUGGAGGGAAAGGGAAAACAAAGCGGCGCGGCCUAGCGCUGGAGAACCGGAGACACGCCAGUCACCACGGAUACAGCCGGAGCCAACGCGGCGGCCGGGGCGCAGCCACCCUCGCUGCCUCCGCCGCCUCCUCCGCCGAGGAUGUCGCGUAGGAAGGUGAGAGAGCGCAAACCGAGCCAAACCCCCUUCCCGUCUCCUCUCCUUUAGCUGCAUAGACCGUCAGGCUCGAAAACCAGUUAAAAACGUAGGCCUUCAAGCCCCUGCAUCAUCUCGCGUCUUGAUUGGGCGCCGCUGCCUCCCGCCGCAACUUCUAUGGCCAUCUUCGCCAUCAGUCAAGCGCAGCCCCCACCCUCAACGGUUAUUUGUUUCCCUCCACCCUUUCGGUGAUUGUUGUGUCCCGCCUUCUUUCGUUGCUCAUUGGCUCCGGCGCUGAAAUGCCAUUGGCUGCUUUCCCUAUCACUUCCUACUGGCGCGGUUUUCUUUUCCCCUCCUCCCCCGUCGCUCCUGUUCCCAACGACUUCAUACUUGGCUAGGUGCCUUGGGAGCGGGUGUUGAAGUAGCUGCUGAUUGGCCGGGCAUUCUGGCCUGAAUUGGCGUCCACGGAGUCCCGCCCCUCUCUUCUUUCUCCGUUUCCCAUUGGGGGACAGGGUCGCGUAAAGGUCCUCCUCCUCGCUGUUGUGAUUGGAGGAGAGGGAAAAUGGCACAGAGGGUUCAAAACACAGCAAGCAAGAUGGACUGGGCCAUGGGGAUGGGUAGCAGCCAUGGCUAUAGUUUUGUGCCUACUUGUGUGUAAGUCCCAUGGAAUUCAAUAGGAGUUUCUUAUAAGUAAAUCUUCUUACAGUCGAUCUGCAUGUAUAAAAGGCUUGAUCAUUCUAGCUGCAAAUCCAAGUCGUUUUUUGCAACUAUCCAGUUUUAAGUACAGAUAGAAUUAGUUUGAUUUCAGGAGAGUAGGAAUUUUACACAUUUUUAGAGGACUUUCCAUAGUCUCUUGCAACAAAGGAAGGGAGGUUGCAAUGUGAAUGACAAUUCACCAAGAGGUUUAAUAAUAGGACAUGUUUCGUAGUAGCUGUAUUUUGAAUUGGGCUGCAGUCUUGGUUUUGAACCAUCAUGUCCUUUAACUUGGACAAGAAACAAGUUUUGCUACCCUGUACAAAUCUAGCUUAAAAGAGCAGAUUUCUAGCCCACAACAUGUUAAACCUGCAGUCUGGAAGGCUCAAAGUUCCAGUCUUCAUAUUGCUUUUUAAAAUGUAUUUAUUUUAUGAGACACACACAUGCAUAUACACCAUGGGGGUUGACCCGAUUCCUACCUGCUUAGAAUCAGCACUGCUGUAGCAUCUGGUCCUUCCAGGUUGUUCAGUGAUCUCAUUAGUCUGUAUAUUUAAAAAGUGCCUGUUUUGCUAAAGGUUCACAACAACAAAAUAUAACAUUUAGCAGACCAGUUUUGUUACUUGUGCAGAUUGUCUUAAAGCAAUGAGUAAUAACCUCAUUUCAUGCAAGUGGAAAGGAGGAACAAAUAUUGGGGGAAAGAAAGUCAUGGGGAGGGGGGGAGAGAGAGAAAGAAAGAGAGAGAAGGGGUAGGAUAGCCUACUUUAGGCUCUGGUCCUGACCACAUUUGUCUCCAGCUGCACCCACCAUGCAGCUCCACAAUAUAUUACCCCUAGGUAAAUGUGGCCCUCAACAGAAAAAAGGUUGACUGCCCCAGUCAUAAUCAGAAAUGAAUUGGGAUGGCACCUGCAGCAUUCAAAGGCCCACCUUCAUAUCUGUUUGGAGUGCUAUAUAAAUGAAAUCCUCAUUCCCUGCAACUCUAGAUUGUUUUCUCCCCCUUCCCUGGUAUCCCUCUUGUGUCACACACAUCAUUACAAGUGGGGAAAUAGAGUCAGAGGGGAAAAAAAAUAAGUGGGAGGAAUUACAAUAGAAAUUGGAAAGCACGAUGGGGGAAUUUGCUCUCAUGGUCAAACUUAAGGUCCUGAAAGAAUUGUGAGUCAGAGGAAGGCUAUUCUUUAUGCUUGUUCAGUCCUGCAGUGGAAGCCAAAUUGAGAUGUUUGCCUUUCCCUGCAGUGUGCUGGCUUGUCUCACAUGCUUGAGUCUCUUGUAGAGCCAUCUGGUCUGCAGCCCCCCUCUAUGCAACACACCUGGUGUCUGCUCCUGCUCUGACUACUGAAUAUAUUGCACCAGCUGUGUGUGAGGUGGGGUGCUUUCUGCUUGUGUACAUUGAUGGUGUACAAUCCUUCCUUUCCCACUUACCCCCUACAGGUAGCAACAGAACAGAUUUCCCUAUCACUGCAUUUCUGUCACCUGUUAUAUUUCUGCCUGCCCGAACCAGGCAGCAACUCUUGAAUUUGUGGGAAGUGGCUGAUGGGUCUUUCAUCUGUUGCAAUGUCGUGCUCCUACAAAAAGAGAAUUGUUUUGUGACAGGUUCAAAAUUGAUGCCAGUAGUAGCAGACUGAGUUCAAGAGCCAAACUUGGCUACUCUUUCUUGCAGAGUAGAGAAUAGGUUGCCAUGCUUGUAGUAAGAGAUGCAUUGUGCUGGCAAAAAAGGAAAAAAGUUAUUGGCUUUAGGCUGGCUAUUUAAAAGGAGCGGCAGCUGCUUCUAUAAAUACAAUGUUUGUUUCAGACUUGAGGAAAGCUAGUCUGGAAUUCAAAGUUUAUCUUAGAACUUGUUGUAAAAUUCAGGAAUGUUAAAAUGUCAAGGGGUUGCGAAACAGAGAAUUGCAGCUGUAAUUAACAAUAUUAGAAGAACUUAAAAGAAAUUGAACUGAAUAAUUAGUCGACUGAGGAGUUGCUGAAGAAAUAUAAAACAAGGAUGCAGAAAAGGGGAGGUAUGGGGAAGUCCGGAAAGUAAGGUUUAUGAAAAAAUGGUUAUGAAAUUAUACAUGUUUAUAUGUUUGUAUGUCGGUGUAUUGUGUAUUGUUUUUUUUUUUUUUAUUUUGUGUUUGGAAAAUUAAUAAAAAUUUAUUUAAAAAAAAAAAAAAAAAAGAGGAAAGCUAGUCUGGGUAGUAGGUUUGGGAACCUGUGGCCCUCCAGAUGUUGGAGUAUAAAUUCCAUCCUGCCUAACUGUUGGCUGUGCUGGCCAGGGCUGAUGGACAUUGGAAUCCAUCUGAAGAUCAACAGGUUUCCCAUCCUUGCUUCAUAACUUUCAAUCUUAAGUGGAUUGCUGUGUGCCCCUGGAUGAAUUGUUCAGCUAUAGCUUUUGUUCCCUGGGUUUUGAGAUCUCAUCCCUGUUUGGUGGCAAUUGCAAAAACAGACUUUUGCUCAGAGUGUGUUGAUUCCUGUGAUGUGAAGAUUGUGGUAUACACAGACUGGGUGGAGUUGCCACUUUUUGUCCGGUCCUGUGUCUUUUUAACAACAGAAAUCUAGGAGGUGAACCUUUACCACUACUUAUCUUUAUGCUAGGAAGAAGAAUUGCCUGCACACUUGAGGCUUGCUAAUGCACUGUACCAUAUCCUCUCCUAUUGUGUUGACUGAAUGUGCGUGAGACUUGGGUUACAGGCACAAUAUGCUUCUCCUCAGGCUGAAGACUGUUUUGAAGUUGUGGCCAGUAUACAACAGAGCUCAUUUCUUCUGAUGGGAUUGUUCCUGUUGCCUUCUAGACAAAGUUCUGGAGAGUUUGGUUUGACCUAUGCAAUCCCUCUUGACUGAAAUCAGAGAUCAGUACUGUCACCAUGUCCCAUUGCAAUCCCAUAUACUAAAUGAGCACUCACGUAUAGUUGUAUGCACGGUCUGGACAGCAAGAGCACAGAGAGAAAUAUUCUUGUGGCUGUGUGGAGAUUCAUCAGUGCUUUAGCCUAAGCGUUUUGUUCCAGUCCGUUGUAAGAGGUUUCUGUUUUGGCUUCUGCAAGCACAGUGCGCAAUACUUUCUAGUUUACAAUGUCCGUUUUUCUGCAACAUUUUAGUUAGCGCUGCUCCUCAAGGAGCAGAACCCAGAUAAAUGAUGUGUGUUGCUUAUGUGGCUGAGUCUUUGGCCUUUCAGAGGAAUGCAGGCAGCAGUUCUGACGGAACCGAAGACUCCGAUUUCUCCACGGACCCAGAGCAUACAGACAGUUCAGAAAGUGACGGGACGCCACGCCAGUCUGCGCGUGUGACUCGCUCUUCCGCCAGGCUCAGCCAGAGCUCCCAAGGUAGAGCGUUUGAAUGUUUGGUCUUAAGCCUUAUUCUAAAUGGCAUGAGCUGUAUAAUAAGCUGGUGUCUGCCCUCCUCACCCCACUCCAUAUGCAGGCACAGCCAAAAUCUUAAUUGGAGACAUGCUAGCUUUAGUCCCACCCACCCCUGAAGCCCUGUAAGCCAUUGCACAUUCUGCGUUAACCACCUUGUGGACCUGCAACAGGUCAGUCUGUAAGAAAAUGACCUCUACAUAAUAACACCUUUAAAACGAGCUUGAACAUCAAGUGGAUGAUAUUGAUGGGUCAGUAAUUAGAAUUCUAUCUCCCUGGAGGAUUUCCAGACUUCUGUUUGGUGUAUGCAAAGAAGCAGCAAGGAGAGGCAUUGCAAAUGUUGGGUAUUCCAGUAUUAUUCCUAUAUUCCAGAGAGAGGCUGAGAGAGUGGCUCUGAGAUCAGAGCUGAGUUGGGAUUUGAACCCAGGAUCUGCUCGCUCACAUCCAUAACUUACACUGGCUCUCAUAUACUCAAAAUAUGAGUUCAGUUCAAAACUGAACUUGGGCAUGGAGUAGUAUCAGAAAGAAGCUUAUUUAUUACCUUGCUGUUCUUUGCUCCUUAACUUGUGCUUUUGAAAAUCCUGGCUAUAUUAAAAUUCUUAAAUCCUCAGAACGUAUGUUGAUGAUGUUGGGAAGGCAGGCUGCACUGUGUCCUUCCAUGCAGGGGGCAGAUGUUUUUGCAUUGUGAGUGUUGCAGAUGGUUUCUCCCAAUGAAACUUACGUGUGUGUGUUUCCCCACUUCCACCCCAUCCUCUUAAAACUAGAUUCCAGCCCGGUUCGCAACCCACCAUCGUUUGGAGCAGAGGAGCCUGUUUAUUCCACCCGGAGGGUAACCCGUAGCCAGCAGCAACCCACACCCGUGACUCCCAAGAAAUAUCCCCUUCGACAGACCCGCUCGUCAGGAUCUGAAACGGAGCAAGUGGUUGACUUUUCAGAUAGAGGUUUGUAAAUGGCUGGGCAGGAUAUAGAGUGGCUAGAACUGGCACAGAUCAUGCUGAUUUUCUUUAUACCAUGUUCUUCAUCGGAUUUCUUUACAACUUCGAUGACUUCUAGGUUAGGUUGAGGGGCACUAGCUUAGCCAAGGCUGCUUUCGAAAUACUAGUUGCUGUGUUGAUCCCAAAGAGAGUAAAAGCACAGCUGAGAUGAUGCCCAGUUGAAAUCGCCUUUUAUCUGCCCCUCUGAUUUCUUUCUGCAUCUCAAGAUCACCCUGGCAGUUUUGGUCAGGAGAGCAACAAUACAUUUCCUAGUACAGUACAGUCAUACCUUGGGUUACAGCUGCGUCAGGUUGCGUUUUUUCAGGUUACGCACCCGCCGAAACCCGGAUGUACCGGAAUGGGUUACUUCCAGGUUUCGGCAGUCGCGCAUGCGCAGAAGCGCCGCUGCGGGUUGCGAACGUGCAUCCUGCACAGACCACAUUCGCAACCCGAGCGUCCACUGUACAGUGGUACCUCGGGUUAAGUACUUAAUUCGUUCCGGAGGUUCGUUCUUAACCUGAAACUGUUCUUAACCUGAAGCAGCACUUUAGCUAAUGGGGCCUCCUGCUGCCGUCGCGCCGCCAGAGCACGAUUUCUGUUCUCAUCCUGAAGUAAAGUUCUUAACCCGAGGUAAUAUUUCUGGGUUAGCGGAGUCUGUAACCUGAAGCGUAUGUAACCUGAAGCGUAUGUAACCCGAGGUACCACUGUAUUGCUUUUUUAGGCCUGGCAUUUUGACCUACAAGGGAUUCUGGGGAGGACUCCCCCUCCCCAGUUUAUUGGGCUCUGCUCACUUUUGUAACAUUGUGACUCUACACAGACACUAAAAACGCCGCUGACCACGAUGAGUCGCCACCCCGCACGCCGACUGGGAACGCCCCGUCUUCCGAGUCCGACAUCGACAUCUCCAGCCCCAACAUGUCUCACGAUGAGAGUAUCGCCAAGGAUAUGUCCAUGAAGGAUUCGGGGAGUGACCUGUCCCAUCGUCCCAAACGCCGCCGAUUCCACGAGAGCUACAACUUCAACAUGAAAUGCCCGACGCCCGGCUGCAAUUCAUUAGGUACUGUGGAACCUUCCAUGAUCUGAGAUUUCAUUAGCGGACUCUCCUCUUGCCCAAAUCCCCCACGUGCCCUUUCUUGUUACCAGCCCUAAGGCGUGUUCCUUUGGCUCUCCACAGGACACCUGACGGGAAAACACGAGCGGCAUUUCUCCAUAUCUGGAUGCCCACUGUAUCAUAACCUUUCAGCGGACGAAUGCAAGGUAAUUUAUUCUCUUGGAAAAUGAGCUUGUGGCAAUGGAAAGAGAUCAGUCAGGAGGAAUGGCAUGGGGAGCAGAGAGAAUUACAGCACAGUUCAUCCCACCCACCGUCUCUCCUCUUUUCAGUGCUGCUUUGCAGGAGAGAAGCGGUGCUCAGUGUUUGGACACACAGCAUGGCCAUGUAAUGUGCAGCGCAGCCUUUGCCAACUUGCUGACCUUCAGAUGUUUUGGAUUACCAUUUCUAUCAGCGGUGCUGGCUGGAUCUGAUGAGAGCUGUAGUCAAAACCAUCUGGAGAGCACCAGGUUGUCAAAGACUGGUGCAGUUCCUCUCCUCUGAGCGUUGUGAUUUGUGACACAGAAACAAACACGGGGACAAAAUUCUCAUGGGAAGCACGCUAUUUGAAGCAUACUUAGGAAUUUCUGUUCUCAGGCUUGUCCAAAAAUCCAGCAAACCUAUGAUUUGAGUUUUAAAAUGGUUAUUUGAAACUUGAAUUAAACCCUUCGUUUGUAGGCUUUGGGUGAGUCUGUAUGUUGGUGUUCAAAAUUUCAAUUUACAAAUUUGCUUUUUGCUAUUUCCCCAAGAAAGUUAACAUUUUUUAAAAAAAUUGUAUGCUGUUGAACACCAGCUGUUUGUAGCAAAUGUCUCCCUGUGCAUGAUAUUCAGAGUCCUUUUUGCACGUGACUAAGAAAUUAUUUACUAGGGAGUCUGGUAGUAACUGCUGAAAUGAACUUGAGGUGGUAAAAUGGGGCAGGGAGAGGUGAUCAGAUUUUCUCAUAUUGAAUGCGUGUGUAGGAAUUAGUUAAAUUAUUCUUUAUUUUGUAAAAUUAUAUCUUACAUCUUCAGCCACCAUGGUUUCUGGGGCAGAAGACUACAAAAAUACAAUGAAAUCUUAAAAUUCACCUGUAAUUUGGGGCAGAAAUUCCUGAUGGAGCUGCGUAGCCUGAAGUUGGGCUUGAGCCCUGCCACUUCUCUUUUCAAACAUCAAAUCUUGUUUGGUCAAUUGCAAAUUGAGGGCUUAUGGCUCCUUGGAUGAUCCUUUCCUGCCUGCAAACCUCAGAGAUGCCUGGGCUCAGGGCCAACAGUACCUUAACUCCCUCAUAUUGUGGUUUUGGUUGGACUGUUCUUACAUUAUCUGAGCAAGAAUUCGCAUGGCGUGAGAAGGGAAGGAUUGAUACGAUCUCUCUCUGGAUUUCAAGGUGAGAGCGCAGAGCCGCGAUAAACAAGUUGAGGACAGAAUGCUGUCUCACCGACAAGAUGAUAACAACAGACAUGCUACCAGACAUCAGGUACUUCCAUCUUACAUUUUUACUUUUGCACCUUUAUCAAGUAUGCACUGGUUUUAACAACCCAACAGGACCAUCUUUUUUCUAGUGAUCAUUGACAUCUCACUUUCAGAAGACAGUUAAAAAAUCCAGAAUCAAAAGCAAUUUUGUGUGGAAAUUCUGUCUGAACCUGUGUCUACUUAUCUUGCUGACCACAUUUUCUGAGUAAUCUAAAACUCGGGGGGGGGGGGGAACAGACACGUUCCAUUCUUCAGUUUUACCAAGAAAAGAAUAAAUAUGUUAGUUUCUAAAACAAUUGAAUAUAACUUGCCCCAUGAUAACUUGAGAAGAAUUCAUGCUUUGUGCCUUGUUCACGGGAUGUGGUUCUUUAGAUUGAGAUUACUCUGUGCAUGUUCAUCCUUCAGCUGUAGCGAUAGGUAUGUGUGAAACCCCACCAAGAUCUAUGGGUAUAGGGCAGUAUACAAAUUUAAUAGAUCAUAAUAAUAUGUUUUGUAUCCUUUCAAAUGCCAUACACUUCACUGAAGGCAGUUCUCACAGUCAUUUCUCUAUUGCCAAGUGAAGGACAUGUAAAUAAUCCCUGAUAUUUUUCAAGCACGGUCCCAAGUAUACCAUCUUGCUAUACCAGGAUAAAACACACAUAAUACAAUGCAGUGUGGCAAGAGUCCUGUUCUGCCAUCCAGUAAUAGUUCCCAGUGUUCAGGCUCAUGUUGGUUUGCAAGGGAUGGUCUGGACCAGGGGUAAGCAAACUUUUUCAGCAGGGGGCCGGCCCACUGUCCCUCAGACCUUGUGGGGGACCGGACUAUAUUUUGAAGGGGAAAAAAUGAACCAAUUCCUAUGGCCCACAAAUAACCCAGAGAUGCAUGUUAAAUAAAAGCACACAUUCUACUCAUGUAAAAACACACUGAUUCCCGUCUGCGGGCCGGAUUUAGAAGGUGAUUGGGCCAGAUCCGGCCCCCGGACCUUAGUUUGCCUACCCAUGGUCUGGAUUGUUUGACAUGGAAGUGCAAUAGACGAGCAUCUAACUCCCGCAAAAGCAUACUCAAAAUAAUAGCAGGUUAGAAACCUGACAGUGCCAUGGUCCUCUGCACUUGCCAGAUUGCUGGCAAUACGCAUGUUUCUGGGCAUGCUCAGCAGACUUCACAACACCACAGCCAACACCUCUUCUCCAUGGAAUUUGGUAUCUGGCUUAGUGCAGUUUGAUUCAGAGUACUUUUUGCUACAUGAGCUGAUGUUGUGUGUGAAAGAAACGCAUAUCCCAUUAUGUACGGAGUGAAGUGCAAGAAUCCAUUUCAGCGCAGACACACUUGAGCUGCCAGACCCAUGCGGCGGGAGCAAAGUAUACGCUUGUGCUAUAUUGCAUAUGCGACAUUCCGUGUCAGAAAGGUGUGGCCUAUAGCACAGAGUCGGGGAAACUGUGGCCCUCCAGGUUGUUGCUGGACUCCAGCUCCCGUCAGCCCAGCAGAGGUCAGGAAUGGUCAGGAAUGAUGGGAGUUGUAGUCCAGCAACACCUGGCUUUCCACCUCUGUUAUAGCAUAUGAAGCAAUAGUUGGCCUGCUUUGGGGUCAGAGGAUCCUAGGCAGGUUGCCGGCUCCUAUGCAUGUCCUGUGUUUGUCAUCCCCUGUGUAGGCACCAACUGAAAGACAGCUAAGGUACAAAGAGAAAGUAGCAGAGAUGAGGAAGAAGAGGAAUGCUGGGCUGACUAAGGAGCAGAAGGAAAAGUACAUGGUACAGAAGCUUUCUCUCUCUCUCUCUCUCUCUCUCUCUCAGGAGUGUGUGUUUGGCAGAAUCAGGCCACCCUUAAUGUCAUGGCGUAUUUCACACCCCGCAUAGAGGGAAUAGUUAAUUUCUAACUGCAUCUGAUCCCAAGAUUCUAGGUCAUAGUGCUAUACAGUAGAACCAAAACAAGAAUAGGCAGCCAUGAGCUAAACACUCCUCCAGUUAUUUUGAUUCAGUUUGUGAAUUCCAGCCUUGCUGCUUCCCAUCCCUUCUUGCACACAGACCUUCGUGUCCUUUGGCCCUGCGCGAGGCCAUAGUUGGGGUGGGGGGCUUAUAGGCCACCCAGCCCAGCCCCCUGUGCCAUGUAAGAAAUUAAGUGCUGGAGCAACCUCAUCCGGUUCCUGCCGAGCCUCUGCAUUGACUGCCUCCAACAAGGGAGAGCCCACUGCCUCUCUAGGUAAUUGGUUCCCUUCCUAAACUGUUCUUACCAAUAGGAUAUUUCUCUUAAUGUUCAAUCAAUAUUUAUCCUCUAAAUCCACUGGACUUAGUCCUGCCCUUUUGGGCAGUAGAGAACAAGCCUCUGCCCUCUUCUGUUGAACAGCCUUUCAUGCAGUUGAAGAGUGCUUCUGUAGAUUUUCCCUCUAUUCCCCCCCGCCCCCGGGUUAAACAUAGUUCCUUCAGCCUUCCAUCGUAGGAGUUGUGUUCCAUACCAUAUCUGUUGCCUCCCAGUUCAUACGGUCUCCACUGAGUGGGAAAGCUGUAGCCCUCCAGAUGUCGUGGAACUACAGCUCCCAUCAGCCUCUGCCAGCUGAGCCAGUGGUCAGGAAUGAUGGAAGCUGUAGUCCCAACAACACAGAGGAGGGCUGCCCCUUAUCCACAGGCUUCUUAAAAUGUGGUACCUAGAACUGGAUAUGGUACAGUGGUACCUUGGUUCUCAAACGGCUUGGCUCCCAAAGAAAUCUGCUCCCAAACGCCGCAAACCCGGAAGAAAGUGUUCCUGUUUGCGAACGUUUUUCGAAGCUGAACAUCCGACAUGGCUUCCGCUUGAGUGCAGGAAGCUCCUGCAGCCAAUCAGAAGCCGUGCCUUGGUUUUCAAACUGUUUUGGGAGUCGAACGGACUCCCGGAACGGAUUAAGUUUGACAACCAAGGUACUACUGUAUAUGCAUCAUCUCCGUAUUGACUCCUUGCUUCUGCACUCACAACAGCCCACAGCUCUUCUUGUCCUUACAAGCAAUCCUGCAUGAAGCUUUCCAGGCUCCCUCAGCCUUCUACUUCCCUCAGAGCAGGAGCCAGUAUAGUUUCACUAUCCAGCAAGAAAGGGCAGAGAGGGGAGGAUGAGGGGAUCCACUUUCCCCAGGACAGGCAAACUAUUUCUAAGAGAUUAUUUCUGCUGUUUAUUGUAGGAGCACCGGCAAACCUACGGCAACACCAGAGAGCCCCUUCUAGAGAAUCUGACCAGUGAGUACGACCUCGAGUUAUUCCGACGAGCGCAAGCAAGAGCCUCUGAGGAUCUGGUAAGAGGACUGGGCUGGGUAAGAUACACAUCCUUCCACCUUCUAGGCUUGAAGUAAAACCAUUUGUACUCUUUUUUUGUACAGUGGUGCCUCGCAAGACGAAAUUAAUUUGUUCCGCGAGUUUUGUCGUCUUGCGAUUUUUUUCGUCUUGCGAAGCACGGUGUCGGGAAAGUUUUGGAAAAGCUUCAAAAAUCACCAAAGUCUUUAAAAACCUCAAAAAAAGGCUACCACACCGCGUUCUAUGAGUUGCUCCUCGAAGUCAAGUCGCAACUGUAUUAACUGUGUUAAGAAAAAGGAAACAAACUUGCAAGACGUUUCCGUCUUGCGAAGCAAGCCUAUAGGGAAAAUUGUCUUGCGAAGCAGCUCAAAAAACAAAAAACCCUUUCGUCUAGCGAGUUUUUUGUCUUGCGAGGCAUUCGUCUUGCGAGGUACCACUGCACUAAGCUGAGUGUGACUCGCUUGUGACUCCGUUUGGACAGAAUCAAACUUCUGAGCAAGGGGUGGGGAGAAGUGAACAGAAAGAAGGAAAAGUAUUCCUCAAAAGGGCUCAGAAAUUCAACAAUAUGCAUUGCAUGGAGGGAGAAACCAGGGUACGGAGAAUCUGAGGCAACUGUUACUGGAGGCAUUUGGCAGUAGGCCGUCACCAAUCACGGCAGCUGCGAGGGGAGGACAGUUGGGCAGGGGGUAGAAGCUGAAUCAGCAGAAUGGACAGAGAGAGCUGUGUGGUGUAGAGAAUCUUGGUGGUCUCUCUUGGUUCCUGAGCCAGCGGAGGAUUGGAAAAGCAAUGAUGGAUCUUUAACUAGGUCUAGGUUGUGGGUUUCUGACUCCUCAGUUCUGAGAACAAGGUAUUUGAGGAGCUGUAUGUGGAUUUUUUGUCUUCUGAGUUACUGUUACUACACAUGUGCUCAGUAUUCCGAGCUAGGCUCAGCCCACUGGUCCCAAUCUUUCGCUAGUCCGUUUCACUUGCUGUUUUUCCUGGGAAUCAGAGCUCUUGACCCCACUUUUGUUUGUGGGGAUGGGGACCGCAAGCAAGUGCCUCUCCCACUGUUAUCAGACUUAACCUUGAGAAAAUGAGGAGAGGGUCUCGGUUUCCAAGUGCGGGACACGCCCCACCUCUCCGUUCAUUGACGCUUUUAGAUUAAUGUGAACUGAAGGCUAAGUGUAUUGAUGUCAGAACAGCAGAAGGAGAUAAAGGAGCACCGUGGAACCAUUCACAUAGCAGAAUGAAAGAAGAUUGCCAGCUUCUCAUCUGCUGUGCAUCUGCUUAUAUUUUUAGAGUGUAUCUAUUGCCCUUCAGGAAACACUUCAAGACAACUUACAAAUAAAACCGUUUUUAAACGUAUAGAGGUACAGCAGGCCAUUUCUUGGAAGCUGGACCGCUUCUGUCUGCUGUGGCCUUGAUCAAGGUAAACUACGGUCACUCCCCUAUUCUUAUCUUCUUAGUGUCUUCUCUCCACCCCAAAAUUUGGCCCUUUCUUGGAUGUUUCCACUGCAAACCAUUCAUUAGAUCAGUUAAGGUUUGCUUUUCUUUUUUAUCGUAUCUUUCUUUACAGUGGUACAUUGGUUUAAGAACAGCUUAGUUUAUGAACAACUUGGAUUAAGAACGCUGCAAACCCGGAAGUAGGUGUUUUGGUUUGUGAACUUUGCCUUGGAAGCAGGACAUGUUCUGCUUCCUGUUGAGCGUAAAUUGAGUCCCCUGCUGCUAUGGGAAAGCACGCCUUGGUUUAAGAACGUUUUGGUUUAAGAAUGGAUUUCCAGAAUGGAUUAAGUUCAUAAACCAAGGUACCACUGUAUUUGCAAUUUAGAUCACUCAUAAACAGUGAUUCGUACACAGCUGAUUUUGUUUUUUGUUUUUACACUCUCCCCACCAGCAUCAAAUAUCUAUUUAGUUUUCCCUCCUUGUUGGGGGGGGGCAGGUGAAUUCUAUGUCUUUGACCAGGGUUUCGAGCUUUUUUUGGACUACGACUCCCAUCAUCCCUGACCACUGGACCUGUUAGCUAGGGAUGAUGGGAGUUGUAGUCUCAAAACAGCUGGACACCCAAGUUUGGGAAACCCUGUCUUGGAUGAAGGGCAGUUAUUAAAGACAUUGCAGUUGCAGUUGGAGGGAGCCUAAUGCAGUGUAAGAGCUGCGACAAAUGUCACAUAAUGUUUUGCAUUGGCCCCAUUUUAGAUUUGUGAUGAAACAAUCAAAGCAUAUUUCCCAAUGAGACCAAACUCAAACCGUUUUCUUUUUUCUAAAAAAAUAAUAAUUAAGAAAAUGCUAACAAAGGGCACAUUUUAAAAAAUGUCAACGAAGAGGCGUGCGGAAAGUGGACCGAUCAAUUGUGUGGGAAAGCUCUGGCAGCAGAACAAGUUUUUUUAACCUGCCGAUGGCAGCAGAACGUGGAUUUAGUUGGACCGGGGCUAUGUCAGCUGAAUGGCAGUUUCGCUGUAGAUGCACUGGUCCUGCCAAAGGACCUCCAGAAAGAAAAUGCCUAGAGAGAAAAGACGAUGCUUUUGAAACCUCACUGCCUAUCUGGAGAUGCAGGUUUUAGGUUGCUUGAGGCUUAAGCUACGUCUUAAGCGGAGUUGCAUCAUUCUGCUUCUUUCUCAAACUCAAAGCAGGCUGGGGUGGGAGACUGUGCCUGAGAAGACAUUCAGGUGGGAAUAUGCACCCUUUCCCUCCUGGUCCUUUCCCAGCUCAAAACUUCCCUCCCCAAGCUUCUUUUCCACUUGAAGAGGAUGGGGUGGCUCCUUCCCACCUCCCCAGAGUGAAAAAGCAGCUUGAGUACAGCAAUUUUGAGCUGCAAGAUGACAAGAGCGCCAUGGAGUUAAGCAGGCUCUCUUGGCCUGCCCGUUUUCUGCUCAGAGCAGACCGAGCUGCUUAAGGUUUAAAUAGAAAAGAAAAAAAAGCCUGGAGGAAAGUAUUGCAGAACUACAUGUGCCAUAAUCUUUGGAAGCCAAGAUAUGCAGACGUAUAUGCCCAGCCCCACUGUUUCUGAGCCAGCAUUUCUUGGCCCUGCUGUUGGGGUGUGGAUGGCUGUGUUGACGUGCCCCCGAGGACCGGCGCUGAAAAGUGUGAGAAGAUGAAACAGCUUCGUAAGUGUUCUCAUUUGUGCCACUUUCUUUCUGCGGUGACAGUUACACUGAGUGCAGGCCUCCACCUCGCUGUCUUUCGCUGCGUAAGGAGGUGCCAGACUUCCGAAAGCAGUUGCCGGAGGUGCAGUCUGCAUCUCUUUGGUUUCCCAGCUUAGAGAGUGCCAGAAGCCCUGGGGCAAGAGAAUGGAUCCUUUUUCAUGUUUGAUUGAAGCUCAUUUGAUGCUUUCCUUGUGAUAUGACCCCUCAGGCCCAUGCUUCUCCCCCAAAAGAUUAGGGAGAGACUUCUGGCAAACGUAGAUCAAAGCAUAUAGAGUAAAUCAAAACAGCAAGAAACUUGGGGUUCUGCUGAGAGUGGACCACCACUUCCAGAAUAAUGCUUUGGUACUUCUGUUAAGUCACUGAGCUGAGCCCCCUAUUCCACGUGGCCACGGCGGCUUUGAGAACAGCACUUUCUUCAGAUUUGUGUUGGGAGUUAAUCUGAAAAAGACUGCAAGCUGCAGGGACCUCCAAGCUCUCUGCAUUGUUCAGAUCUUGGGGAGGGGAGCUGAUUAACUGGCCUUCCAGAUUUCCCGUCUCCAACGGCUAACUGUGAUCAGAGCUGCACAGCGGGUCAGGUUAACCACCGUGAUGCCAAGGAGCCACGAUUUACCACCAACUUCCUCCCCACAACCCCAGUCCUCGAGCCUCAGUGUUAAAAGCUACACAUAUGCCAGCUCACCUCCGCUGCUGUGCCCCCAUCUUGUUCACAACGAGAGAGGAAGAAAAUACACACAGGCUUCGAAAAUGAAAGGCAAGCGGGCAGUGUCUCCUGAUUUUUCUCAGGACUUCUGAAAACCAGGCCCAGGAUGUAAAACAUGGAGUCAAUGGGAUCCAGGGCAGAGGGAAAUCACAGAGCCCCAAUAGCUGCUUGUUAACCACGCCUUCACCCACUUGUGCCUUCCUGCAUCCUCAAGGAAUCCUGCCUCCAAUGAAUGCCAUUCAGGGGAAUGUGGGUGGUAUCUGGGUUUACGAACUUAAUCCAUUCCGUAAGUCCGUUCUUAAACCAAAGCGUUCUUAAACCAAGGCCUGCUUUCCCAUAGAAAGUAAUGGAAAAUGAAUCUAGACAAUGCAAAACAACCCCUAGAACAGCAUUUUAAUAUGAACUUUACUAUCUAACACAGGCAUAGGCAAACUCGGCCCUCCAGAUGUUUUGAGACAAUUCCCAUCAUCCCUGACCACUGGGUUCUGUUAGCUAGGGAUGAUGGGAGUUGUAGUCCCAAAACAUCUGGAGGGCCGAGUUUGCCUAUGCCUGAUCUAACGAGACCAUUGAUCCAUAAAAUAAAAGCAGUAAUCAAUGUACUGUACUAUAAAAUAAAUAAAACAGUAUUGUAGAUUAAAUAAAUUAAAUUAUUUUUUUUUCUUAUGUGCACUGGUGAUAGUCAUUGUUUGGAUGGGGGGCUUUUAUCCAUUUCUGCAGUCACACAAUCAACCAGUAGCUGAACUGGGUUCCACACAGUCACAAAAACAAGUCACAGAAGCGAAGUCACAAGUCAGUCCCAUAAAACAAAGAACAAGUCACAGUGAAAAAAUGAAAAAGCCACACAAACAAAAAUGCAAAAAAAUAAUAAUAGCAAAAUCAAAAGAUCCAAAUAUCACCUCUGUGCUGUGUGGGUGCUUGGUACUCAACAGCCGACAGACUCAACAGGAAGCCUCUGAUUAGCAGCGGGGGACUCAAUUCACAAACGGAAGACACUCAACAGGAAGCGGAACAUGUUCUGCUUCCAAGGCAAAGUUCACAAACCAAAACAUCUACUUCCGGGUUUGCAGCGCUCUUAUUCCAAGUUGUUCAUAAACUAAGCUGUUCUAAAACCAAGGUACCUCUGUACCUGGGACACAGAACCUGCAAAUACAGAGAGGCGUGAAGACAUUGAGUGAAUACUGAAUAGAGGUCUUUGAAUUGUUAUUUUUUUAACUUGCCAGAAGACUCCUCUAAGACGCCCCCAAACACACUGGGAAACUUUGUACAAGCAGUGAGAAAAAAUUAAAUCCUUACUGCAGGGAUGGGCUGGAGUGUGUCCUGGGACUCUGAUGAUACUUGUUGUUUGCCUGGCUGUAGGAUGAUGAUGAUGAUGAUAAUGAUUACGAUUAUUUGGUAUACAUGCCGCCCACCAGACUGGGUUACCCUACCACUCUGAGGGGCUUCCAAAAAACUAAAACACAUCACAUAAAACAUUAAAAAGUCUGUAGGUGAAUGUGAAAAAACCCUCACUACUGCACAAAGGUGUAAAUGACAUGUUUUGCUCUGUCUGCAUUUGUUUCUGGUCUCAUCCCCCACUACCAUGUGAUCCCAGAAGGUUGUUCAGAAGGGAAUGGCCAUCUGCCAUGGAUGCUUUAGCUGAGAUUAAUGGGGAGUUGGACUAGAUGACCCUUGGGUCCCUUCCAGCAUUCGAUGAAUGUUGCCCUCAGGCCGAAGACAAUUCCCUCCACAGCUGUUCUCAAGGCACCAUGGUGAGGAAGAGGAGACAGAGGCUGCGGCUGCUGUCCUCUACUAGACGCCUUCACAUAGAAUUUACACACAUGGGCUUGAUCCAGCCUAAAUUAGAUUGCCGUCCUUCUUGCACUAAACCGUGGUUAAGUCCCAUUGAAUUCAUUGGGGCUGAGUAGACAUGGCCCCAAUGCCUUUGAACUUGAAUGCCUUUGAAUUCAUUGGAUCCAGCUAGUCUUGACUUUUAAGUUCCGUAGAUUUGAAAGCGCAGUUAACUUGGGAUGGAUCCAGACCGGAGUUGGCCAAUUCCGUAUUUCACAAGCUGCGGAGUUCAGUUUCCUAACAGUUUCAGUUUUCUGUUUGUAGACCUUAAGGCUAAAUAAAGAGAGACUUGAAUGUGGGUGGGGCAAUUUGCAUUUCCAAAGAUCGGAGUGGGGCUUUGAUGCUUUUUAUAGCUCUGCCGCUCCCUGCGAUUAGUGAAAUAAACUGCAAAAUAAGCAACUCCACAUAAAUUUUCUUAAUCUGUGUAUCAAAACUCAGUUCUUCCCGAUACUGGAGUUUGUUUUGAUUUGAGUUUUUGGGGUGGGUGGGAAUGUUUUCUCUUUUCACAUGGGCCUAGCAUAGAUCGUAUGAAUAAAUAGCAUGGUGAACUGUUUCUUUUUUAAAAUAAUUUUGAUUCCCCUUCUCAAUAGGAAAAGCUGCGACUUCAGGGCCAGAUCACAGAAGGGAGCAACAUGAUCAAGACGAUUGCUUUUGGCCGCUAUGAGCUGGACACAUGGUACCAUUCUCCCUACCCAGAGGAGUAUGCGCGACUGGGGCGCCUCUACAUGUGCGAGUUCUGCCUCAAAUACAUGAAGAGCCAGACGAUACUACGCAGGCACAUGGUAAGCGUUGGGCACACCGCCUUUUUAUUGGCUGAGCAGAAAAUGUGUAGCUGCUUCUGCUGCUAUGUUAUUGUGCCCCCUAGUAAGUAUCUUGUUCUUCCCCUCGCGAUUCUCUCUUCCACCUCUUUGUGCUUCUGAUGCCGUUGGCCACGCUAGGCGACCGUGCUAAUGCUUGUGCAAUGCUCUCCGUAGGCGAAAUGUGUCUGGAAGCAUCCUCCGGGUGACGAAAUUUACCGUAAAGGCUCCAUUUCGGUGUUUGAAGUCGAUGGGAAAAAGAACAAGGUAACAUACUUAACUGGAGUUGGUUUCGGAGGAGGAGGAGGAGGAGAGAAUUUGUGCAACACGUUGUCUUUUGUGGGCCAUAGGCAGGCUGCCCAGCUGGCUCUCCUUGAAGUCUGCCACCCCAACCUGUCCCAGCUCUCUCUGAAAAAUGCUAAUUAGGAUCAGUGUCAAGGGUUGGCAUUAUUGGGCAUCUGGCGAGAGGUCACACCCAAGCAGGGGCCCAUUGACAAGAGCCCUGGGACCUGCUGCAGGAGGGUAUCCUAUAGAGGAUGUUUUGCCCUAAGACCUUCCAAAACCUGGAUAUGGUACUGUUCAUUAUAUUGGUCUAACUCCAUUGCCUUUGAUGGUAUUAGACAGGUAGUCUUGCCUGGCUUACUAGUGUCCACAGAACUCCAUAUUAAAUGUAUACACUCGUGCAUGCCUGAAGCAGACUUUUUCUCAAACCGAUACCAAAGUUUCUUUAAAUAAUAAUAAUAAUAAUAAUAAAUUUAUGUGCCACCCAUUGACUAGGUUGCCACAGCCAACAGAAUAUUAAAAAAAAAAUCAAACAUUACAAACUUCCUUUUACAGGGCUGUCUUCAGAUGUCUUCUAAAAGUUGUCCUUGACAUCUGAUGGGAGGGCAUUCCAAAAGGAGGGCACCACUACCGAGAAGGCCCUCUGCCUGGUUCCCUGUAACUUCACUUCUCACAGUGAGGGAACCUCCAGAAGGCCCUCAGAACUAGAUCUCAGUGUCCGGGCUGAACAGUGGGGGUAUGCAGGGCCAAAGCCGUUAGUGCUUUAAAGGUCAGCACCAACACUUUGAAUUGUGCUUGGAAAUAUACUGGGAGCCAAUGUAGGUUCUAAUCUUUCACCAACCUGGUGCCCCCAGAUGUUUUGGACUACCAGCAGAUGUUUAGUCUGAAACAUCUUUACCGCACCAGUUUGGCAAAGGCUGAUCUGCAGAAUCUGGGUCACAGUGUGGCACAAUCAGAGGUUUGGGUGCACUGACAAAUAAUAUCUGCAGAGCAUCUGGGUUCAGGUGACUCAUGCAAGUAAGCCAAGCCGCAUACUUCAGAGGAUGCCCUCCCUUUGCCGAGCAUCAUCUGUUUUAGGCUUUAUAAAGGUCAACACCAACACUUUGAAUUGUGUUUGGAAACAUAUUGGGGCCAGUUUCAGAAAACCAGAGAUGGGCCAGUCACAGCUUCAAAGAAGCAGAUUUAGCCAAAGAGGUUUUUCAGGGUUUGAGGGCAGUGAGAGGGGUGUCUAGAAUUGGCCGCCUCUUCCCAACACAUCUGCGUUUUGACAUGCCUUCUGAUUCUUCCAGAUAUAUUGCCAGAACCUCUGCCUUCUGGCAAAGCUCUUUUUGGACCACAAGACCCUGUAUUACGAUGUGGAGCCCUUCCUCUUCUACGUCAUGACGGAAGCCGACAACACCGGCUGUCACCUGAUAGGCUAUUUCUCCAAGGUCGGUAGCAGCCUCUCGAGCUCUGUUCCACAACCAGGGCACUGGCCACGACUUAGGCAUUAAAUCAGAACGACGGGCCUGCUCUGGAGAGGGGGUUCAAAGGCCGGGCACUGAAUCUGUAAGAGUUGGUUCGUGAAAUAUAGUUAACAGCGGAAAGCAAGCUUAUAGUCCAAGGACAAAUGAAAGCCAGGCUGCUUACUGGAAUCUUAUUCAGGCUUUGUUACAAGUGCAAACUUCUGGUGCCAAACAGAGCCAGUUAUUCUUGGUAUUCAUGAGGCUCCUCCACCCCCCUUAUAGUUGCAUGUGCAAACACCUGCUUCCAGUAACAUUCAUAAGAGCUGGGUUUCGGAGGUAUAUUAAUCAGAAAUCAGGGUUUUGAAUGUGCUCUUGCAUUGUGUGGCAGGGAGCACCACACCCUGACACACACACACCGUAUCAGAUCCACAGUGGGAUCAGUUCCGACUAUAAAUCUACUGAGCUUUCUUGAAAAGACUGUUGGGUGGGUGGUGGUUCUGCUCAUUGGUUUGCUGGCUUAGAAUUGGAUCCACAUCAGGUUUGUGGACUGAAUCCUCAUCUUUUAAACUAGUGGUGGCCAAACGGCCCUCCAACUGUUUUGGGACUACAGUUCCCAUCAUCCCUGACCACUGGUCCUGUUAGCUAGGGAUGAUGGAAGUUGUAGUCCCAAAACAUCUGGAGGGCCAAGUUUGGCCACCACUGUUUUAAACAGAGGAGAUGGCUUCUAGCCUGCUCCUCAGUAAGGGCUUUUUAGCCCAGGCAGCCAAGCUCUCCAUCUCAAUAUUAGUCUCUGUUUUGUUGACAGAGGAAUAUUACAAGUCCAGGUGUGAUGUGAGGUUAAAUGAAGGCCUGGUGUGGGUUCUGUUUGUUCCUUUACAUUUGACCUGAAUUCCCAGAUACAGUGCUUUGUCAUGCUGAUCAAAAUAGAGCAGAGGAACAAUUUGAAUUUCACUUUCUCUGGCAGUGUGAGAGGCCAUUUUCCAAAACGGCCAUUAGAACUAUCGAUUCUGUUUAACUUUGGUCUCUGACGCGUGCAGCAAGGCCACUAGGAGUGCUGCAUCAAAAAACUUUAAUAGUUUGCCAUUGGACGUGCAGCACUUUCAAGUUUUUGCCUCGUGCAUUUUUACAUGAUAGGUUGAUAAAAUCCCCGUUUUGGUACAGUUUCUGUGAAAAGAUUAAACAAACAAAUUCUGUAAGACAAAUGGACUGUUUUGCCCAACUCUCAAUUUGUGUGGGUUUUGAAAACAGCACCCUAAGCAAUAUAGACGAUGCUUGUCUAAAAUUCAAGGGGAGGGAGUUCCAAAGCGUAGAUGCCACCACACUAAAGUCCCAAUUCGUAUAUCCUAUGGAACAGACCUCCUAAUAAGAUGGUAUCUGCAGGAUGCCCUCUCCUAAAGUGUGCAGUGAUAGAUUGGACAUAAGAAGGGGUAAGACAGUCUUUUAGGUCUUUAGGUAUCCUGAUCCCAAGCUGUACAGGGCUUUGUAGAAGCACCUCGAACCUAGCUCAGCAGUCUUGUGUGCAUCCUGUUACAGGUAUUAAGGAUGAAGUUGAAUGUUACGAUCACUCACUUCCUUUUCCAGUUUGGCAUUUCCCCUCACAAAUAGUUUGGAAUCUACUCAUCGCCCAGGCAGACAUUUGCGGGAAAUGGCCAUCACAGCCAAACAAGGCCAAUUCAAGUUGUCUCUGUAUGAGCUAAUAUCAAAAGAGCUUUCGCUGGCAUUCCCAAGACCUGAGGGGAGCUGGUGUUUGAGAAAUUCAGGCCCAAAGCCAGGGUAGGGAAUCUGUUUCAGCCCGAGGGCCACAUUCCCUAGCAGGUGGGACAAGAGGGUGGAGCCAAAGCUGUUGCUUUUGUAUAGCAGACUGCAUCCAGACCAUGCAAAAGACGCUUUCUUCACCCACACCUGUCCAUCUAGGCAAGCGAGAGACAUUGUCACCGUUCAAGGACGCAUUCCAGCCAAACAAAACCGGAGAGGGUGCAGAGCAGGACCAGUGAGGACUGUGGCCUGGGAAGAGUCUUGAAGACCCCAUAGAGAGGCCUUGAAGGUCACAUUUAACUCCUGGGCCCGAGGUUCCCCACCCCUGGUCUCAAGGCUCCUUGGGUGCCCAGGACUAGCUUUGUGAUUCUUUGCAUUGCAGCCAUUCUGUUUUGAUCAGCUUGCAAAAGCCAUGCAUUUGAACUUUUGCCACGAUGUGAUCAGUUCUUGUCAAACAUGACCCUUCGCGGCUAUACUGUUUACUUCCAGGAGAAGAACUCAUUCCUCAACUACAACGUUUCCUGUAUCCUGACGAUGCCUCAGUACAUGAGGCAGGGUUACGGCAAAAUGCUCAUCGACUUCAGUAAGUGUGGACAGACACUCGCCUUUGUUCUUAAUCCAAUGCUUACAUACUGCCACAAAUCAGAUGGUUUCAUAGCCUCAAAUGUGACACAGAGCAGUUGAGGGGUUUUUUAAAUGCAGCAUGGUUGUUAGGGUAUAACUUUUUGACUAUUUUUCUCUCAAAACAAUGAUUUCCUGUAUCAUAGAGGGAUGAACUUUUGCUUAGAAGCACUAAGCAAUUAGGGACUAAUUCUUCUCAGUUGUGAAAAAAAGGUCACCCCGAAAUGAAAGUUGGAAUCACUGUAUAUGUAAUGUUACUACUCAUACGUAUUAGCACUUUUAAAAACUUUAUGGGACUGUUUAGGACUUUUAUAGCUGUCUGGAACUUCCUGAAACUGUAUUGGAGAAUCACUGGAAGCAGGAGCCAUCCGUACUCAAGAUACCAAGAAGUAAUCAGUGCGCAAUCAAAGCGAUACGGGAACUUUACGGUGCUUGCAGCAGAAACAAAGACAAACUGCAACCUUGGUUUAUUCUAAGCAAUAAGAAGUAAUGCACAAUGUACAAAACCUUAUACAGUGGUACCUCUGUUCUCAUACAAAAUCCGUUCUGGAAGCCCAUUUGGCUUCUGAAACGUUAAAAAACCAAGGUGUGGCUUCCCAUUGGUUGCAAGAGCUUCUUGCGCUCAGCAGAAGCCGCGUCGCAUGUUCGGGUUCUGAAAUACGUUCGAAAACGGAAGCAUUUACUUCCAGGUUUUCGGCGUUUGGAAACUGAAAUGUGCAACAGUGGAGCCGUUUGGAUCCGAGGUUCCACUGUACAAGUGUUAGAAAAUUUGCAAGCUCUAUUUUUCCUGUAUUGUAAUAUAUGCUAUGCAUAUGACAUACUGUAAUGCAGUAUACAGUUGCAUAUACAAAAAUCAAUUUAUUGAUUUCGGGGGGACCUUUUUUCAAGAGUUUUGGAAAUGAAAGUUCAUUCCUUAGUUUUUAGGUAAAAGUUCAUCUAACUAAUCUUAAUGGAGCAUGAGGUUGUAAAAAAGUUAUAACUCUAGUGGUCGUAUGACUAGGGUCUCAGGGCUGUUAAGAGGUAAAUAAACAUGAUUGCUGCUUUCUUAGCAAUCACCAUCUUUCUAUAACAAACCCUUUUGAUCGAGGGCCAGUUAGCUUGGAAGUAAAAUUUGGCCACCUCCGAAAUAAGGUCUUUUCUACAUAUUUUGGAGGUGCUUUAGCUUUGCAGUAGCACAAGCUUUUGUGAUGUUAAAAAAAAAAAUACUUUAAAAAAAAGACUUUAAAAUGAAACUGCCUGACAGGGAGCUACGAGCUUUUGACAGCAGCUAGGGGAUGACUGACCACUUCAUUCAGGUUCCAGAGAGUCUGUUUUGUUCUCUUUCAACAGGCUAUUUACUCUCCAAAGUGGAAGAAAAGGUUGGCUCCCCAGAAAGGCCCCUCUCAGACCUGGGCCUUAUUAGCUACCGUAGUUACUGGAAGGAAGUUCUUCUCCGCUAUCUGCAUAACUUUCAAGGCAAAGAGAUCUCCAUUAAAGGUGGGUUCUAGAUGUUCCUCCCCAGUGCAUCAGUAGCAAACAGCACCUUUUGAAAACGACAACAACCACCCUUCUAAUCCAGGGGUUGGCAAUGUGCGGCCCAUAGGCCAGAUGCGGCCCACGAAGACCGUUUUACUGGCCCACGAGCCGUUCCCAAAGCAAGCCACCCACUCAGUGAGUCCCCCACGUGCUGCGCUAAACUGGUGCCGCAUGGGAAUUUGCUGAGCAGCUCAGGAAAUUGCAUCUGCGCACGCGCACAUACCGGAAGUUACUUCUGCGCAUGCCCAGAUGCUGAAAACCGCUUCUGCACAGGCGUGAUUUUCGGCGUCUGGGCAUGCGCAGAAGCGAUUUCUGGCGCCCCGGACAUGCGCAGAACCCCUGUUCUAGUCUUUCUUCCCCAAAACUGUGAAAUGUAAUUUCUCCCACCUUUGCUCCUCCCUCGAAUGCCAAAGGAGCAAUGUGGGGUGCUGAACCUCUGUUUACCUCCCCCCUGUAUACUGAGAUUCUCCUAGCCUUGCUCAUCAGCUUCCUACCUACCUUUCUCAGCCAUCAUGCUCGGGGAUCUUGUCUGGAGUCGUGGAAGACGUUCGGUCCUGAUGCUUCCGUGCAUUUAAAGCUGGAGUUGGCAGGAGACAGCGAGAGCUCUCUUGGUGGUUUGCCCCAUAUAUCCCCCUCUCCCCCAAGGCCCUCAGUAAAACACACUCUCUCUUCUCUGUUUCAGAAAUCAGCCAGGAGACAGCCGUCAACCCUGUUGACAUUGUUAGCACUCUGCAAGCGCUUCAGAUGCUCAAGUAUUGGAAGGGCAAACACCUAGUCUUAAAGAGGCAGGUAAGUUGUGGGGCUAAUACCUGCGAGAGAGGAAUCUGCCUCUCUUGGGUCGCUGUGUUUCUCUCGAGAGAUUUCUAAGAAAAGCAUCACUCUUUCGCCCGAGAUUUGCUGUGAACGAAAAGCAGAGAGCCCAGCUUAGCACAGAAGCCACCUAUGGCAGGAUUGUUUUCUGCAUGUAACCAGUCAAUUGCUAUGCUUACAGUGGUGUCCAAACUUUUCUCCGAGAGGGCCAGAUUUGAUGAAGUGAAGGGCCGUGAGGGCCGACCAAAGAGCCGACCAAAGUUGUUGACUUUUUUGAGGGUUGAAGUUGUUGAGGUUUUUGUAGGAUUUUACCCCAGGAAAUAAACUGCCACAGGGGCCGGAUUAAACCGACCAGCGGGCCGGAUUAGGCCCCCGAAAUGGACUUUGGACAUGCCUGCUUUAGGGCUAGGGAUGGCUACCAGGAAAAGUGGAUGUGUGUAGCUUCCCUGUUCCUUGACUUCCCACCCACAGAGUCUCUCUUUCCUUCCCUGCCUCUGUAUUUCUGCUCGUGAUGGUUGCUACUGCUCCAAUUCCAGCUGCCGUGGUUCUUGACAACAUCAGACAUGCGCCCAGUUGGUCACAACAAAGCUGCUUUUAUGGAGCAGAAAAGCCACUGCAGUUGAAAAGAACAAAGUGUGCCGUACAGACAGACCACAGGAAUGAGGUUCCAGUGAGCCAGUGUUUCUCCAGCUUGGGUCCCCAGCCGUUGCUGGACUACAACUCCCAUCAUUCCCCAGCUAGGAGGACAAGUGGUCAGGGAUGAUGGGAGUUGUAGUCUAACAACAGAUGGGGACCCUAAUUUGAGAACCACUGCAUUUAGGGAACCCUCUUGUGGCUUCCGUUGCAUGCUCCCUCUGCACUGUGUAUCUCAUUUACCUUUCAGGAGACGUUUGGGUUGUUUCACCCAUCAGUCUCUUGUCUACAGUGUCAUUUGAAGUGCCUUAGACUAGAGUCAACUCACCUGGUGAUAAGGAAUUGCAUGCCAAUGAGUGAUGAACCUGCAGAAUGGGAGGUGCAAUACUGCAUCCUUUUUCUGCACCAAUCAGGUUACUAGAGAAGACACGGGGCCCUUUCACUCCUUUGUCACCCUCCAGGAGGCUACUAAUAUUUUUUGGGCAAGCUUUGUGGGCUUAGGCUGCAAACCUAACCCUUUCCACUUAGGAGUAACGCUCCCUGAAUUCCAAUGGGACCUACUGCUGAGUAGACAUAGUUAGGAUUGUGCUCACACAUAAGUCUCACUUGUUCAGUGCAAGGCUUACUCCCCAGUAACUGUGGUUAGGGUUGCAGCCUCAAAUGUUUCAUUGCUACUUAGCUAGCACACAGAAAACCCUGUCUGCUAAGCAAAAUUGCCUCCUUGCUACAUUCGUGAUGGGGCUCGGCAAACAUCGGGUUAAGACGAUAACCAGAAUGUGGAGAGAUCAACGAAAUCAGCCUUCUUCCUUCGUUAAGUCUUCUCUGUCUUCUUCUCCUUCCAUCUCUAGUCUCUCUAGCAUAGCAUUAAAACACCCAGAUAUUUCAGCCUCCUGCAACCCCCCUCCAAAACAUCAAGCCUGAAACCCCCCAGUGACAAGAUUUGACCUGCAGAAAACGCAACACACAAGCAGGAAAGGUCCAGCAGAUUCUCAAAAAUGGAGGUCCAUGUUUGCACGAUGGAAACUGAAGUUACAACGCGGCAGUUACACAGAAAGAGAGUUCUCCUAGUAUGGAAGCCCCAGCUGAUUAAGCUGGGUCAUUUUGCAGCACAAAACUACUACUGUGCUUGUUUCCUUGAAUUUAGGGACAUCCUUAUCAAUGCUAGACGCAGCUCUAUCAUCUUGUUAGCAGCUUCCCCCAGACGUUUAACCUGUGCCUUCCCUUUUUCUCCCCCCCCCCUUCAGGAUCUUAUCGACGAAUGGAUAGCCAAAGAGGCCAAGCGGUCUAACAGCAAUAAAAGCAUGGAUCCCAGCUGUUUGAAAUGGACCCCUCCUAAGGGCACUUAAUUUGACCAACCUCUCUGAGAAGUGUGGACACCUCCUCGCCGCCGACCACCACCACCACCACCAUAACCCCCUUUCCUUUUCCAGCAUUAGGAACUGCCUUUGGGAUCGCAGAUUUGUGACUUGCUGUUGAUACCAACCCUCCCCGCCCCUCUUUCACAUGCCUUCAGGAUGUUUCUCUUCUCCCCGGGACCGUUUUGACCCAGGUCCUUCCUCCGCACUGCAAGGUCGGGAAGAUCAGAAUGGAUACAGUGUUAAUGUGGCCCCGUGAAGGGGCAGUAAGAUCUUCCAUUGCACCGUUGCAACUUGCCGCUCCGUGAACCACAAGGUCCUAGUCCAUAAGAUGGUGUCGUAACUCGUAAUUUCUUAGUUGUUUCAGCCUCCUGCUUCCAUGCAGCCUUGAAGGGCCUGGUUGGCACCUGCUGUGAGGUGGUGAAGGUCCUGCACGAUACAGAGGGCUGUACUGUUUCAGAUUGCAAGUGUGGGGCACCGCGAUUCCCCAUGUAAAGAAUUCCCUUUCAGUAGAAAACCAGCAGUGACAGUGAUAAAGAUUCUAGCAGGCUCUCUUAUCUCCUGUCCUAGGUUUCUACUCACAGGGUUUUUUUUUUAAUACAAAGGAGAGUAUUCAGAAUCAAUUAUCUCCCAUCAGUCAUAAGAAAUUUUGGCCCAGUCCAUUCUACCCCACAUUCCCACCCCCCUCUUAUUCUGCUGCACCUUUGGAUCCAGCCUAAAGGUGGGUUUGCGGGACCACCCCCCUCCCCCCGUCACACUGCAAGUGGAAAUGAUCAGACACCCCCUUGGGCUCCUUCGAGACCAUCAAUUUCUCAUACCCGUUUGCAGGUCUGAGCGCUAACUGGAUAUUGCACACCAAGUGUGUGCAAACAGCAGUUAUUUCUUCCUUCCCAGCAGGCCAGGAAAUCUCCGGGAGGUUCUGACUGAAUGUGGGGACGUCCUUUGGCUGCUUCCCCUUCCCUUCCCUUGAAAAGUUUGAACAUUAAGGCCGUGCUGCUAUCUCUGUGGGCCACACAGCUGAGUCCCCGGUGGGGGAAAGCGGCCUAACGGGGAAAAAAGCACCACUUCCCUCAGUCCUGCAGUAGUUGUGCCCUUGCCCAGUGUCGCCUGACAUGGAGCUCCUUGCUCUUCCUCGCAGCUGCUUUUGAGUGCUCUGACCACAAACCCUUCUGAAGAGCCAGCUAUAACUGUUCCUUUGCAGGAGGAGAAAUGGCAGGACCAGCAGCCCUUACCAGCCCCCUUGUCCUGGUGCCUCCACGCCGCUCCCGACAUUUUUUGUCCUUUGAACUUCCACCCGCUCCAAAAGAAACCCGCACCUAACAGGCCAAGGAGCGUGCAUUCAGCCACACUGCGGCGGCUGCUCAGGGAGCACUGCCAGCCGGACGCCGCUCCUUUUGCCAGCCUGCUCCUGCGCAGCAGCUUUUACUGCCCAGCUUUGGCGCUACUUUGAAUUGCGGCGGUGAUCCGAUAGUGCCAGAUCUAGGCAGGAGUUAGCUGCAGUCGGCUGGCUUGCCUUCAUGCAGUGGUAGUUUUAGUUCCCCCCGACAUGUUUUGGCUCCUUUUGCAAUACAUGCUCCUGCAUCUCUUGAACCCUCUGUGCUCAUCCGGGGACAACCCUGGACCUUUCCCCACCUCCAUUCUGGCCAAGGCAAACAGCCGUUGUUUUUAAAGGAUUGCCGGGGGGGGGAUCAACUUCCAUUUUCCAGAACGUGUGCUUAUUUCACCCAUAGAUUGCGAGAGCCCCUAAGGGCCACCAUGGCCAGGCAGCCUACCCCAUUCAUUUCUGACCUUCUCUACUGGUUUUGUGUGAUGGUCUCGCAGAAGCAUGAGGUCCCCCAGAAAGGCUGGGUUUCUCCCACACUUCUGGGAUGCCGUACCUGGUUGCAAGCGGGUCCUCGUCCCAAGACAAAUUCGCCCUUGGAAAAUUUGUGAAAAUAGUUCCAAGAGCCUGGAAAGUGUGUGUGCAAGCACACAUAGCAUCAGUUUGACAAAAAUAAUGGGUGUGCCCCUUUUCAAGGGGAGCCCUCCCAUCUUUUAAGGGAUCGUCACUCCCCGGCUUGGGAUGGAAACUCUUGCCUGAGCUGUGUGGCACUUGUUCCCAAGGACUGGGAGGGGAAAGGCAGGAAGCUUGUGCGGUAGGUGGACCUGAUGGGCUGUCUGUUAAGGGGGAGGGCGCUUGGUCGUUUUAAAAUGUCUUGUGAAGUCAGAGAUGAGGACUGCAGCUCCCAUCAACCCCAUGCUUAGGGGAUGGUGGGAUGAGCCACAGGUUCCCCAUCCCUGCUCUAGGUAUUAAGCUCACAAAUACGCCUUAAGUGUUCAGAGACCAAAGGGAAGCCUCCACCGAGCACACUUUGCCUAACCUUGCUAUUCACAGAGAGGACAACCCAUUGAAAAGCUGCAGCCAGAGAGGUCCCUUUGCUUACAGAGUCAGAAACCUCUUGACAGGUUUGCUCUUUGAAGGUCUGUGCCUCUCACACGCCAUUGGCGUGAUUUCAAAAUUGUGAAUCGUCGGGUGGCAUUUGCCCUGCGCUGCUUCCGGUGAGCUUUUGUGCAGGGCAGAGUCGCCUGGUGACACCCCAGCAUUUGGGGGGCCAAAAGCCCACUCCCUUGAACGCUGAGGUGCUUUUGCACAAAGGGUCCAGGGUCCGAGGGCACAUGUCACGAGCCACAGACCAAGCUGGGGCUAUGUGUGUGUGUCACAUGCAGCACAACCAAAGAGGCCACAAAGGAGACGGGUGUGUGUGUGUGUGUGCGCGCGCAAGUCACAUAUUUGCCCCCCUGCACCACCUCACUCCAGGCUGCAUCUUAGUACUGUUUGUCAUCCCUAGAACAUAAUUUUCUUUCCUUCCUAGAAAUUACCUUGGCACAAGCCUUUGGACCUUGGGGAUGCCUGGCCAGAGAGCGCAGUGUGUUUUCACCUGUCUUUCAGACUGCCGUCAGUUGGAUGGAUGUGUUACGAUCCAUUUCCAGAAAGUCUGUUUUUCGAUUGUAAGGUUUGGCAAACAAAACAAAAACCCUUCCAACUCAAAGCAAAACACCCUGAGGGCAUAAAUAGCCAUCCUUUCGCCAUGUCUUUGGCCUCUAGUCUGCUGCGUGUGUGGAACACAACCUCUUUGUUUCUAGCUGAACUUCCCCCCCCCCCCCAAAAAAAGAAACGCCUCUCCUUGUCUCCCAUCUUGGGACAAAAUGGAUUCCAGUUGAAAGCCGAUCCCUCUAGCACAGAUCUUUCCGCAAGCACUCCUGUGGUUGGCUCUCGUGUUUGGUUUUGUCUUUUCAUUGCCAUCCUAAAUCUGCCAAAGUUUAGAUUUCUGUGCACAUUACUGGCAAGUGUCAUCCAGCACCCUCAGCUUCUAGUUUUUAGCAAAUGGUGAGGUGGCGCCCUCUCAGGUGGGGAGGGGAGGUUGGCCAUUCUUGUACAGAAGUGAAUCUCUGUUUCCUGGAUAUGUUAGAAUAUGCUACCAGUGUAUCUACUUCUCAAUAAAGCAUGUUCUCUGCUCUAGUA